GUGAAAUCGAAAUGCGUGAGAUUAAAUAUGGACAAUUGAUGACCCUCCCACAAUUUAUCCCAAAAUAAUCAACAAAAAACGCGUCAAAAACAAAAUAAAUCUCGAAAAGUCACAGUUUUGCUUUUAGAUAACACUAUGGCAGACUUGCAGGGCAAAUACCAAAAGCUUGCUGCUGAGUAUUCAAAGUUGCGUUCUCAGUUACCAGUGUUGAAGAAGGCUGUCAUUGAUGAGCAGACAAAGGCCGAGGAACUGAAGGAUGGUAUCAAACAGAAAGACCAGACUAUAAGGAAAUAUGAACAGGAGAUUGAUAGUCUCUCGUUCAGGAAUCAGCAGCUGUCAAAGCGGGUAGUUGUUCUCCAGGAAGAGCUUGAUGAGACGGAGGCAAAGGGAAAGAAAAAUAAGUACAAGAAUUCUGACCCACCGCCCACUAACUACCCUUCUACGAGUAGUGUCAUUGGGGAAGAAUUACAGAGCAAGAUCGAGGAAAAUGCCCGGCUCCACAAACAGGUGUUUGAAUCUGACCAAGAGCAUCGCCAGGCUGUGAUGGAUCUCCGCGAUAAACUUGACGUGCUGGAACGCGAGGCUAGUCAGCAUCAGCGGAUACUUGAUACCACCACACAGAAAAACAAGGCCUUGGUGGACAAGCUGCAGGAAGAUAAAGCUAUGCUCGAGGUGAGGUUGCAGACGCAAGAUAAGGAAGUCAAGGCUGCCAAACUCCGGGCUGAAAAUGCUGAGGAACAACUGUGUACCAUUCAGCGAGACCUCAGUGGCAGGCUCCAAACAGCCUCCAAGAUCAUCAGGGACAAGUUACCUUUCAAUGAUACAUUGGAUCGUGAUUUGAAUGCGCUAAACAUCCCCACCCAUGACAGAAAGCAUCAGCUACAUGCCAAGGAGCUGAUUGGUCAGGCAGCGACCCAUAUACGAGAGUUGACCCAAGGCCUCUCAAACUUCCACACUUACACCGAACAAAGAUCCAGCAUUUACCCCUCAGAUGGCAUUUCCGAACCUCUCAGUGCGGUUAAUAAAAUUUAUUGUCAGAUACUACAUGAAAAUGCCUCCUGUCUACGUGCUGUUGAUUCCGCCUUCAAAUCAUUCCACGAGACUCUAAAUGACGACGCACUGACAACUCUAGAAACUGCCACUGGUUUACAAGAAUUUGCUCAUCGGUUCCAUAAAUAUGUGACUUAUGUCAACAAACUCCAUCCCUACCAGUUACUGAGUCUUGAAGAGGAAUGUCUGGUGUCAUCAUGUACGUCAACUCUCAAGGACAAGAACAUGGAGCUGCAUGCUGCUCUCAAGAAAUUCGUGGCCGCUCUGGAGAAGGUUGAAACGUACGUUGCAUUGCUGGCAGCUCAGAGCAGCAAGUCCUGUGAUCACCUGCGAGCAAACCAAAUGCGCAUGUUUAGCCUUUUGUCUGAAGCUGCUGCAGAUUUCCAUGAGGCGGUAAAAGAGGUUUCAAAGCAUUAUAAUUCCAAGGUCUCCCUGGAGCAUCAGUUGCCUACAGCUACACAGAAAUUGAAGACGACUGAUGAAUGUGUUGUCUCCUCUCUGAUCUCUCUAGUCACAACCACAGGGAAGCUGUCCACAUUUAUCGCUGGUAAUUUUGAGUUCUUCGGACAGACAGCUGGUUACAGGACAAGAGGAAGUAGUAUAUCGACCAAUGAAUCUGACGAGGGUCCUAAGUCAUGUCCUGCUGUGGCUGGGUUUAGGCAGCAUGCGUCAAGUUAUAUGCAGCUCAUAAAUAGACCGUGCCCAGAAUCUGUGCCAUAUAAAGUCGCAGUACAAAACCGACGGACGUUGUUGAGUUCGACAGAGAGUCGUGAUAGUCUUGCCCAACAGGUGACAGAAUUCCAUGAAAAAGUGAACAAGUUAGAACAGGACAAAGAACACUGGAUGCUCGAGGCUCAACUGUUGCAGAUCAAAUAUGAAAAGGAACAAAAGCGGAUAGCAGAUUUAGAACGACAGGUCAAGUUACAGCAAGCACGAUUGACAGGUUCUAUAGAAGACAAUCUUGAAGCUGGUGCUGCUGAGGUGCAGGCCGCUAAAACUGGCCAUGGAACCCAACAUAAACAAGCUAAACUGGUGGAUGAGAGUCUGGUUGGAAGACUAGAAACCGUCAACGUGACGGAUGAUGAGAAAGACACGAGGGAACAGUUGAUAAAAUCGCAUUUUACAAACCGAGUAGCAGAAUUGUCAACUCAGUUGCAGAUGUCAGAUAGUAAGGCUGUCAACUUCUACGCAGAGUGCCGAGCGCUGCAUAAAAGGUUGAGCAUUGCUGAGAAGGUGAAGUCACGCUUACAAGAAGAGGUCGACACAGCCAAUCAACUAAAUGCGCAACUCAAGGAUGAGCUGCAGACCACAACAAAGAGUUAUGAGAGCCACCUCAGUCUAAUGAGUGAACACAUCGCCAGUAUGAAUGAUAAACUAGCACAGCAGGGAGAGGAAAUUGAUUCCCUAAAGAUGCAGCUCAAUGCAAAGGGACCAAAGUUCAAGAAGGGCAAGUGAGCUGCCUAAUGAGUGAAAUUAUGGUGCUGCCGAUUCCUCUAACCAUUAUACUAUACAGUGCUGCCAUCUAACCUUUUAAUGACAGUUCAUGUAUUGACAUGGCUAUUUCAUGGAUGCUAAAUUUAAAGCUUAUCUGAAAAUGCUUGUUUUUUGCUAGGCUCUCACAUUUAGGAAAAAUGAAGCAUUUUGAGUUUUGGGCAAGUACAUACAAAUCCAACAUGAGAGGUGAAUUAAGGGAUAGAGUACAUUACUUUUGAAAAGAUACUAAUAUUGGACAAUUCAUUUCUACCCAGUAUGUUUUUGUGGAUGGUUGAACAUUUGAAACUACUACAUGUACACUACCAAAACCUUUUCCACUGCUCUCCACUUAUUUUGGGGUGAAAUAAUAUGAACCGGUGUUGUUUGUGUUAUGUUUGGGCUGGGUUGGAAUUUCUGUGUGCGGCGGUGUACAUUAAAUGUAUGUGUAGGUUUGUAACUUUGACUGUGAUAAGAAAGUAGCCAGUGUAAUAGAUUCAUCUCUCAAUGUAAACUUUUGUAAGAAAUAAAAGAAAUAUCAUCCAUA